AACACACCCAUGAACUCUUCAGCACUGGCAAAAGAAAAAUAUUGUAAUAUUGCCAUUCACACAUUGAUACAGUUUGUCAAUGGUUUCAGAAACCCCCUCAGGCCUUGAAGAAUGGUCGCAAAGACCUCCCUACAAAGCCCAUCGAACCGAGGAAUUUGGCACUGUAUAUUGGACCGGGAAAUGCCAUUGUGGGAGAGUGACAUAUCAGAUAAAUAGAGAAAGGCCACUCGAUGUCAAAUACUGCCAUUGUACCGGAUGUCAAGUUCUGCAUGGUGCCCCAUUCCAGUGGGCGGCCAUCUUCCAUAAAUCGGAUAUGACCUUCACGCACGGCACCCAGGGACUGAAUUUCUACAACAGCGCAGAGAAACAACAUGCGCAUCAUCUGCCAUGUAAAGUUUCGUGCUCCUACUGCCACUCCCCGAUCAUGGAUGAGGGGAGGAAUGUCAUAUUACUGUUUCCAAGUCUGAUUGAAUCCAAGAGUGGAUUGGAGGAAGAGGGGCAGGGAGGGAGAAAUGUGAGGAAGAUUUUUGAGCCCAGCUGCCAUAUUUUUUACUCUCAACGGGUGGUUGAUGUUAGGGAUGGCAAGCCAAAGUGGGCGGGAAUGAAUGAUUCCAGUGAUCUAAUUCAUGAGUAA